GGCCGCCGACUAUCCUUAACGUUAAACCCCUUCACCCAGGCGCCGAGAUUGGGCGAAUAGCGAGCAAAUACGUCCGCGUUUCUCUGCCUGCUCCACCACCGGCCUCCCUUCCUCCAUCUCCGGCACUGACAGCAGACAAGGCCGAGGUCGUCUUGGUGCAGGCCCAGCCGCAAAGGCUCGACCUGUUUACUCCACCUCCGCGUCCUCCGACUCCCCAGCAGCCACUGCCCGCGGAACAACCACCAGACCAGCACGAGGGAGACAAAGAGCCCAGGCAUCACCCCAUCGUAACAGCCGCCGACAUGAACCACCAUCACACCCAGCAGCAGCAGCAGAAAGCCGGCGAGCAGCAGCUCAGCGAGCCCGAGGACAUGGAGAUGGAGGCUGGGGACCCAGAUGAUCCUCCAAGAAUUCCCCAGAAUCCAGUCAUCAAUGGGAACGUGGCUAUGGCGGACGGACACAACAACACAGAGGAGGACAUGGAGGACGACACAAGCUGGCGCUCAGAAGCCACUUUCCGCUUUGUGGUGGAGCGCUUUAGCAGGCUGAGUGAGUCUGUUCUCAGCCCACCCUGUUUCGUGAGAAAUCUGCCCUGGAAGAUCAUGGUGAUGCCUCGCUUUUACCCAGACAGACCUCACCAGAAGAGCGUUGGAUUCUUCCUGCAGUGCAAUGCGGAGUCAGACUCUACGUCCUGGUCAUGUCAUGCUCAGGCCAUGCUCAAAAUAAUCAACUACAAAGACGAUGAGAAAUCCUUUAGCCGCCGCAUUAGUCACCUGUUCUUCCACAAGGAAAACGACUGGGGCUUUUCCAACUUCAUGUCGUGGAGUGAUGUGACUGAUCCAGAGCGGGGCUUUGUGGAGGAUGAUAAGGUCACUUUUGAGGUCUAUGUUCAAGCUGAUGCACCUCACGGUGUGGCCUGGGAUUCAAAGAAACACACUGGUUACGUGGGGCUGAAGAAUCAAGGAGCCACGUGUUACAUGAACAGCUUGUUACAGACUCUCUUCUUCACAAACCAGCUUCGGCGGGCAGUUUAUAUGAUGCCUACUGAGGGAGAUGAUUCCUCUAAAAGCGUUCCCCUUGCCCUGCAGAGGGUGUUCUAUGAGCUCCAACACAGUGAUAAGCCUGUUGGGACAAAGAAGCUGACUAAGUCUUUUGGAUGGGAGACUCUAGACAGCUUCAUGCAGCAUGAUGUGCAGGAACUGUGCCGAGUGCUGUUGGAUAAUGUGGAGAACAAGAUGAAAGGAACUUGUGUGGAGGGCACAAUCCCAAAGCUCUUCCGGGGGAAGAUGGUGUCCUACAUCCAGUGUAAGCAUGUGGACUACCGGUCAGAAAGAAUUGAGGAUUACUACGACAUCCAACUCAGCAUUAAAGGAAAGAAAAACAUCUUUGAGUCAUUCAAGGAUUAUGUGGCAGUGGAACAGCUGGAUGGGGAUAACAAAUACGAUGCAGGGGAGCAUGGUCUACAGGAAGCAGAGAAGGGUGUAAAGUUCCUGACCUUCCCUCCUAUCCUGCACCUACAGCUCAUGAGGUUCAUGUACGACCCUCAGACAGACCAAAAUAUUAAGAUAAACGACAGGUUUGAAUUCCCAGAGCAGUUACCUCUGGACGAGUUUCUGCAGAAGCCAGAUGUGAAAGACCCGGCCAACUACAUUCUCCACGCUGUGCUGGUGCACAGUGGAGACAACCACGGGGGUCACUACGUCGUCUACCUUAAUCCUAAAGGAGACGGCAAAGUGAGUGUCACCGCACCAAUAUGGUGUAAAUUUGAUGAUGACGUCGUUUCACGGUGCACUAAAGAAGAGGCCACUGAACACAAUUACGGCGGUCACGAUGACGACUUGUCAGUGCGUCACUGCACCAACGCUUACAUGUUGGUGUACAUCAGAGAGUCCAAGCUUAGUGAGGUCUUGCAGCCGGUCACAGACAUGGAUAUUCCUCAGCAGCUGGUGGAGAGGCUGCAGGAGGAGAAGAGGGUGGAAGCUCAGAAGAGAAAGGAGAGGCAGGAGGCACACCUUUACAUGCAAGUGCAGAUGGUGACAGAAGACCAGUUCUGCGGGCAUCAGGGCAACGACAUGUAUGAUGAAGAAAAAGUCAAAUACACAGUGUUCAAAGUUCUGAAGAGCUCCACUCUGGCUGAGUUUGUUCAGAACCUUUCACAGACCAUGGGUUUCCCACAGGACCAGAUGAGACUGUGGCCAAUGCAGGCCAGAAGCAACGGGACUAAACGGCCGGCUAUGUUGGAUUAUGAAGCAGAUUGCAACAAGUCUAUGAUCGACUUGAGCGAUAACGAGAACCCAUGGACAAUAUUUCUGGAAACCGUAGAUCCAGAAAUGGCCGCCAGCGGUGCAACGUUACCCAAGUUUGACAAAGACCAUGAUGUUAUGUUGUUCUUGAAGAUGUAUGAUCCAAAAACCAGAAGCUUAAAUUAUUGUGGACAUAUCUACACGCCUAUAUCCUGUAAAAUACGAGGCUUGCUGCCCGUUAUGUGUGAAAGAGCAGGGUUUCAGCAGGGAACUAGCCUUAUCCUCUAUGAGGAAGUUAAACCGAAUUUAACAGAGCGAAUACAAGACUACGAUGUCUCCCUGGACAAGGCUCUGGAUGAGCUGAUGGAUGGAGACAUAAUUGUGUUCCAGAAGGACGAUCCUGAAAAUGAAACCAGUGAGCUGCCUACUGCAAAAGACUACUUCAGAGACCUGUACCACCGUGUGGAUGUCAUCUUCUGUGACAAGACCAUUCACAAUGACCCAGGCUUUGUUGUGACACUGUCAAACCGAAUGAACUACUUCCAGGUGGCAAAGACUGUUGCGCAGAGGUUAAACACUGACCCUAUGCUCCUGCAGUUCUUCAAGUCACAGGGGUACAGAGACGGCCCUGGAAAUCCACUCAGGCACAACUAUGAAGGCACUCUCAGAGACCUGCUGCAGUUUUUCAAGCCCCGGCAGCCGAAGAAGCUCUACUACCAGCAGCUCAAGAUGAAGAUUACAGACUUUGAGAACAGGAGGAGUUUCAAAGCCAUCUGGCUCAACAGUAUGUUUCGAGAGGAGGAGAUCACACUAUACCCCGACAAGCAUGGCUGUGUUCGGGACCUUCUGGAGGAAUGCAAAAAGGCAGUGGAACUCUCCGACAAAGGCUCAGAGAAGCUGAGGCUGUUAGAAAUUGUCAGCUACAAAAUUAUUGGGGUUCACCAGGAAGAUGAAUUGCUAGAAUGUUUAUCUCCAGCAGCCAGUCGAACGUUCAGAAUAGAGGAAAUCCCUCCUGACCAAGUGGACCUGGACAAGGAGAAUGAAAUGCUGAUUCCAGUUGCACAUUUCCACAAGGAAGUCUUUGGGACAUUCGGAAUUCCCUUUUUGCUCAAGAUCCGUCAGGGGGAACCCUUCAGAGAAGUGAUGAAGAGAAUUCAGAGCAUGCUUGACAUUCAGGAGAAGGAGUUUGAGAAGUUCAAGUUUGCAAUAGUGAUGAUGGGCCGGCACCAGUAUAUCAACGAGGAAGACUACGAGGUGAAUCUGAAAGACUUUGAGCCACAGCCAGGGAACAUGUCCCACCCGAGGCCAUGGUUAGGGCUCGACCACUUCAACAAAGCUCCAAAGAGAGGUCGCUACACGUAUCUGGAAAAAGCGAUCAAGAUCCACAACUGACAAGUCCCCGCUCUAACCGACCAUACUAAAGACUUUAACCAAACCUCUUGUGUGCACCACUUUUAACACCUGCUGUCUGGGUACACAAGCACCAUGUAUGAAGUCUUCAGUGAAUGGAGUGACUGCUGAUGCUCCUGUUUUCCUUUUUGAGGCUGUUCGAUUUGGCUUCUCUAACUGUUGACUGCCUAUUGGUCUGGAAGAAUGAA